UCUUCUUGAUAACAUUCUGUUGAACAAGCCAACUGCAGUCAGUUCAAGUUUUCGAACAUUUCGUAAAGAUAUUGGCAUAUACAGCAAUUUUCCACCUUAAGCAGGACAGAGAUGGCUGUUGUUAAAAUAACUGUUGUUAAAAUAAUGCAAACUGCUGUUUCAAGGCUUGGCUGGUAACUUCUUAUCCUAGAAAACAAACGAAUGGCAGAAACGUGCAGAACGAAACUCGAAGCUGCCGUAAUAAUUUUAAGCUUCUUCUUUCAAAGCGGUAUCAUUAUUCCGAUUUCCUCUGAAUGUUCCGAACCCAUAAAGGACAAAGUGAUGAUAGGCCACCUAAUCAGGCUUGAAGAGGUGCCCCAUCAAGGCAGCUGUAAUGUACUGUGUUAUAUGGAGCCCAAUUGUGUGUCCAUAAAUAUUGGGCCUUCACAAGGAGGAAACUACAUUUGUGAGUUGAACAAUGCUUCGGACGAGAGUCCAGGCUUGUCCUAUCCUCAGAGCAAAGAAGAUUAUAGCCAUCUCAGUAUCGAGAAUCCCUGUAGUAGCAGUCCCUGUUUCAACAAUGGCACAUGUCGAGCUGGAUACACUGAUAAAGGAUUUCGUUGUAAAUGUCCUUUAGGAUUCACUGGUAUAUACUGCGAGAAAGCCUGCAGCCUUGACUUUGAAGAUGGAAUCGGCAGGUGGAAAAUGACAGGCAGAGCUUUCAUUUACCAGCCAACAUUUGGUGACAAUCCAGUCGCGCGCAAAAGAGAAAGCGCCCAGCUGCAAGGGAACUGGUGGGUGGGGGGAGCUGAGAAACGGACUAGUGAGAGCGAUCCCGCAGGUGAGCAGCAUCCAGAUGAAGCAGACGUACCCCUAGGAACCCUCACCUCACCUUGUUUUCGUAUCGUUGGCAAGAGUAUCUCGUUUCUCAUUGGUGGGGGAUGUAAAGUAAAUAAAGUUCGUGCGGAGCUUAUUGUCAACAACCAAGUCGUCAGAAAAGCGACAGGAAACUGUUGGGAGACAAUGUACCGUAAGAGCUGGGACGUAGAGGAGUUUAUUGGUCAAUACGCGCAAGUCAGACUUGUAGAUGAGAGUUCUGGUGGUUAUGGUCACAUCAACUUUGAUGACCUUAAAGGAGAUAUCAUUUGUCCUCACGAUUUAGAAGAGAAAAACUGAAGAGAAAGCGGCUUUUAAAACUAACAUAUCAAGUCAAGACACCUCGAAAGUACGGUGAAACAGCUUUUGACGUAGCAUAGUACCUGUUUUGUGCUAUCGUAGAUGGGCAAAAUCACUGUUUUUUUUUUUUUUUGUCGAAAAUCCGCAUAUGAAACAGUUUUAUGCACGUG